GAAAAUGAUGAUUUGGGGCUUUUUAUUCCAUUGGAGGAGCAAGAUGGAGAGGAUAUUGAGAGAAGGAAGAGGAGGAGGAAGGCAACCAAACGGAAAAGAGAAGGGAAAAGUCAAGAAGAGGAGGGAUCGUUGUCUUGUGACAUCAAGCUAGAUGAUACGCUUGAUCGCACCUUAGAAGACGGAGCUAAACAACAUAACCUGACAGUUGUCAACGUGCGAAACAUCCUGCAUGAAGUGAUCACAAAUGAGCAUGUGGUUGCCAUGAUGAAAGCAGCCAUCAGUGAGACAGAAGAUAUACCUUUGUUUGAGCCCAAAAUGACUCGUUCCAAACUGAAAGAAGUUGUGGAGAAAGGAGUGGUGAUUCCAACAUGGAAUAUUUCUCCAAUUAAGAAGGCAAAUGAGGUGAAGCCUCCUCAGUUUGUGGACAUUCCUCUUGAGGAAGAUGAUUCUUCUGAUGAAGAAUACCAGCCUGAUGAUGAGGAUGAGGAUGAGACUGCGGAAGAGAGCUUACUGGAAAGUGAUGUAGAGAGCACUGCUUCUUCUCCUCGGGGAGCAAAACGAUCUAGGACAAGGCGAUCAUCUGAUGAAGAGGGAGGGACGCUCUGCGAGAUGGAGAAGGUUACUACACCUGUUGUUAGACAUAUUAGUGCUGAAGUAGUUCCCAUGGGACCUCCACCACCUCCUAAACCAAAGCAAAACAAAGACAGCACAUUCAUGGAGAAGCUGCAUGCAGUGGAUGAAGAAUUGGCUUCAAGCCCAGUAUGCAUGGAUUCUUACCAGUCUCUGGAAGACAGCCUCAUUGCCUUCCGAACCCGAUCUAAGAGACCGCUGAAGGAUGUUCCUCUUGGUCAGCUGGAGGCUGAGCUCCGAGCCCCAGAUAUCACGCCUGAUAUGUACGAUCCCAAUACUGCAGAUGAUGAAGAAUGGAAAAGGUGGCUUGGAGGACUCAUGAAUGACGAUGUGGAGAAUGAAGAUGAAGCAGAUGAUGAUGAUGACCCUGAGUACAACUUCCUGGAAGAUCUGGAUGAACCAGACACAGAAGACUUCAGAAAUGAUCGUGCUGUGAGAAUUACCAAAAAGGAAGUGAAUGAACUGAUGGAGGAGCUGUUUGAGACAUUUCAGGAUGAGAUGGGUUUCUCGAACAUGGAAGAUGAAGGUCCAGAAGACGAAGAUAAUGUCACAGAAUCACGGCCAAAUUUUAAUACACCACAAGCACUUAGAUUUGAAGAGCCUCUGGCCAAUUUACUGAAUGAACAACACCGGACGGUGAAGGAACAACUUGAGCAGUUGAGAAUGAAAAAGUCCUCGAUCAAGCCACCACAAGAGGCAGAAAAAUCAAAACCUCAAAAUGAGAAGCCUCUCCAGAGCCUUGUUCUGGACAGCGUGCAAAGAAAGAGGCUCCAGCAGCAAAUGCAGCAGCAUGUUCAGCUUCUGGCUCAAAUCCAUCUUCUCGCAAGUUCCAACCCUGCUUUAAGUUCAGAGGCCAGUACUACCAGGAUGUUUUUGAGCGAGCUUGGUAACUUUGCUCGAAGCUCUACACUCCUUCGUCAGUCGUUCAAUCCUAAGUUUCAAACAAUGUUCCAGCCGUGUAACUUGAAGGGAGCACUGCAGCUCAUUGAAGAUUUUCAUGCCCAAGUCCAAGUUGACUGGAGCCCUCGCAAAGCUGUGAAGAAGAGUGCCAAUGAAUUUCCAUGUUUGCCAAAGCAAGUGGCAUGGAUUUUGGCAACAAGGAGAGUCUUUAUGUAUCCAGAGUUACUGCCAAUAUGUUCCUUGAAAGCAAACCCUCCCCGGGACAAGAUUAUCUUCACCAAGGCAGAGGACAAUUUAUUAGCUUUAGGUUUGAAACAUUUUGAAGGGACAGAGUUUCCAAAGCCUUUGAUCAGCAAGUAUCUCUUGCCAACAAAAACUGCCCACCAGCUUACAGUACGAAUCAAGAAUCUCAACAUGAAUCGAGCCCCUGAUAAUAUCAUCAGAUACUAUAAAAAGACAAAACAGUUGCCCAUUCUAUUCAAGUGUUGUGAGGAAAUCCAGCCUAAUGAGUGGAAGCCACCUGUGGAGAGAGAAGAACAUCGCCUGCCAUUUUGGCUAAAGGCAAGCUUGCCCUCCAUUCAGGGGGAAUUGAAGCAAUUAGCAGAAGAUGCCAGGGAGAUGCCAGGUUCACCUGAUGCAGAAUCUGUCUUUCUGGGGACAGGAAAGGAAACUUCAGACACAGAAUAUGAUGAAAAAUACCCUCUACUUAUGCCAAAGGGACUAGUACUGACCUUAAAGCCCCUUGCCAAUCGAUUCUCUAGGAGAGCAUGGAGGAGGCAGAGGUCUUCAGCUUUGAAGCCUGUCCUCAUUCGACCGAGUCCUUGUCUGCAGCCCAGUUCCAAUACUAUUAACAUCCAGAAAACUGUGAAGUUGUCCCAGUCAGAAGCUCCUCCCAGCAAAGUUAUGGUUCAGAUUCCUCGGCUAAUCCAGCCAGCUACAGUUAUGCAGACGGUGCCUGGAGUGCAGCCUUUGAAUGUUCAAGCAGUGGUAGGAAGUGGGGAUGGCUUGGAAUUUCAGAAUGUGCUCUCCACUUCGCAUUCGGACUCCAGACAAGCUUUCUCAGCUGCUGUACCACCAGCUCUAGUGUCCUCAAAUCCAGUUACUUUUCAGCCAAAACUGAUGUUGCCAGCUUUGGCUGGAGCAAAAAUACGCAAACCUUGCGUUCGUAAGGGAUAUCAAAAGAAAAAAGGGACAAAAUCUGCCCCACUGAUAAAGACUUCGCCUUUGAUUCAGCCAUCUCCUGUCAUCCUUACUGUACCUGCUACCACAGUGAAAGUGGUUAAUAUAGGCAAUGGUUGCAAUAUGAUUCAGCCCAUAAAUACAACAGUUGGUACAGGCACUCAGGCUAUUCCAGUUACAACCUUAUUGGUAAAUCCAUCCACUUUCCCGUGUCCCUUAAAUCAGCCUCUAGUGACUUCGUCAAUCCCUUCGUUGAUAGUCUCUCCUAACCCUGUUGGUCUUUCUGCAUCAUCUGUUGGUGAAAAUGAAGAACAACUGAAUCUGGUUCCUUCCUGCCCUGCUGCAAACAACAAAAAUACCUAUCCCACAGUGGAGCCCAAGGUUGAACCCCCAGAGCUGUACAUUUCAUGCUCUGCUGUCUCCCCCAAGAAGGAGUGUAGUACAAAUCCUGCCACUUCAAAUAAUGGCAGUCAGGAAAAGGUAAAUAAGAGUGACUGCUGUAGCUGGACGGUGGUAGAAGGAGACGAGAACACUUCAGAGCCAUUGUCUGUGGACCUUUUGCCUCACUUAGAAGAUCCAGAUGAAACAGUGAAAAUUGAGCCUGAAGAUUCAAAUGAUGCUACAAAGGAAGUAAAUCCAGUACAGAAGAGGGAUCUUUUAUGUGCUGAAGUGAAGGAGGGUUUUGGCCAGGAGCUGAACAUGGAGGCUGCAUGUUCAUGUUCAAAUGACCUGAAAGAAAUUAAAAAAGAGCAUACUUUGUGUGACGAGAAGGGAGAAGAAGAACGACGGGUUUUGCAGGCAUCUCCCCAUGGUGAACAGCAGUUGGAUGCAGGUGGUGUUGCUGGACCACAAGCGAGCAGUGAGUCUCCAAAGAAUCUUUCGUAUACAGCAGAUGUUGAGGCAGAAUUUAGUAGUCCACUAGGAAGACCAGAGGAUUCAUCCAGUAUAGAUGGCCAGUCUGUUGGGACACCAGCUGGCCCUGAAGCUGGAGGAGAGAGAGAAGGACAAGAAGAGGAGGAAGAAGACGACUUUGAUGAUUUUACACAAGAUGAGGAUGAAGAAAUGUCAUCAGCCUCAGAAGAAUCUAUUCUUUCAGUGCCAGAACUUCAGGAGACAAUGGAAAAACUUACUUGGCUUGCAACAGAGAGACGUUUAAGCCAAGAAGGAGAUUCUGAAGAAGAGAAUUCCCAGGAAGAGAACUCUGAGCCCGAGGAAGAGGAGGAGGAGGAAGGGGAAGGAAUAGAGAGUUUACAGAAAGAUGAUGAAAUAUGUGGCGAUAUAUCAGGAGAACCUAAAUCUGCCUUCACAUUGACAAAGACGGCCCCGCAGGUGGAAGCCCACAGAAUGCCAGCAGGAGAAAACAUGAAAGCCCCUGGGAAGAGCAGGAGCUCCCACAGAACCAGAAAUAAGAGGGGACGGGCUCGUGCUAGCAAAGAUACAUCUAAGCUGCUCCUCUUGUAUGAUGAAGACAUCCUGGAGAGAGAUCCCCUGCGGGAACAGAAAGAUCUGGCAUUUGCACAAGCCUAUCUAACCAGGGUGCGUGAAGCCUUGCAGCAUGUUCCUGGAAAGUAUGAAGACUUUCUUCGUGUUAUCUAUGAGUUUGAGAUUAGCACGGACAAGCGAACAGCUGUGGAUCUCUAUUCCACUUUACAGAAACUGUUGCACGACUGGCCACAGUUGCUCACAGAUUUUGCUGCCUUUCUUCUACCAGAACAAGCUUUGGAGUGUGGACUGUUUGAAGAGCAGCAAGCGUUUGAAAAAAGCCGGAAGUUCCUCAGGCAACUGGAGAUUUGUUUUGCUGAAAAUCCUGCCCACCAUCAAAAGAUCAUCAAAGUUCUGCAGAGUUGUGCAGACUGCCUCCCCCAGGAGAUUGCAGAGCUGAAGACGCAAAUGUGGCAAUUGUUGAAAGGACAUGACCACUUGCAGGAUGAGUUCUCCGUUUUCUUUGAUCACUUACGGCCCUCAGCCAGCCGCAUGGGAGAUUUUGAGGAGAUCAACUGGACAGAAGAGAAGGAAUAUGAGUUUGAUGGGUUUGAAGAGGUAUCUUUGCCAGAUGUAGAAGAGGAGGAUGAACCACCCAAGAUGCAUGCAGCCUCAAAAAAUAAGAAGCGGAAAGAGAUCGGAGGCCAGAACAAUGACAAGGUGGGCCUGGGGUAUCUCACUAGACUGCAUAUCUGGACUCUUGAGCAAAAGCAUGCCCAUGAGGAUAAAUGUGUCUUAGAGAGACGUGAACUGUCAUCUUUGUGUACCAUGCACAUUUGUCAGCUGGAGUAUGUCUGUUUCCAGGAGGUCGAGUGGGUAGAUGGGAUGAAGGAAUGUUCAUGUUCCUGCCAUGAAGGGAGUAGCGAUCUCAAGCUAAAGAAAAGCAAAAGGAGGACCUGCAGCCAUUGUAGUAGUAAGGUGUGUGAAAACAAAUUUUAUAAAAAUAAAGAUUCUCAAGAGCUGACUGCAAGCCUUGUUCAACAAGAAUCGAGUCCUCGGCCUGAAGGGAAGGAUUCUGGAACAUCUAAGGAACCUGCAGAAGAAAGCCUGGAGAACAGAGAUGAGGGAGAAGAUGUGCAGAGCAGAACAAAAACUGUAUCUAGAAAAGUGGAGACUCUGCCUUCAGGAUCUCACUUGGAAGGAAAGAUUGUCUCCGGCAGACACGCAUCUUCUGAAAGAGAUGCGCUGCCUGAUAAUCGGGUUCAAGAAGCAGGUGUCAGUGCUGUUGUGAAUACUCCAAAGGACAGUAACUCUUCUAUCACUGGCCCCAGAUGGACUCAUCUACAAAAAGCUACUCUAAAACUACCUCAAGAAACCAAAGACUGCCCUUGCACUGUGGGAAGUGAGAGUGAGGGGCUCAACCAGCCACAUCAAGGAAAUGCAGAUGCUUCCCUUGGGCUGAGCAGAGAUCUGCUGCUGUCUUCUCGUUCUGCUACAGUAAAAGGUUUAACGGGACCUAGUUCCUCUUCUGGAAAGAGUUUAUGUCAGACUGAAGGGCUUCAUUCUGAUUCAUCGGAUAAGCUCACUGUCUUUGGUCAUGCUUCAAAAUCAGGUGUGAAAGAAUUUGAGGGAUCACCUUUGCCUCUGGAAGGAAAACCUGAAGCAAAGCAGGGUUGGAUAACACCGGGUAGAAAACCAACACUGGGUAAGAGCUGCAGCUCACAGUCCCCUGAUAAUCGCAUUUUGGAAGCAGAUGAUACGGGCUGCACUGGAAAUUUUCCUGAGAGCAGAUUAAAGUCACAUGCAAACAACUGCUUCCAGGUGCAUCAGCAUUCUGAGCAGCUAGAAUAUAGAGUGGUUACUGCCUCCCUGGGGCAAAAGGAAGAGGAGCAGCAACAGCAGCGAGUCACAGAAGCAACUGUGUGCGCUAAGAACAGCAAAGUCAGCUCAACUGGGGAGAAGGUUGUCCUCUGGACCAGGGAGGCCGACAGAGUCAUCCUUACCACCUGUCAGGAGAAAGGAGCCCAUCUGGAAACCUUCCAUGCCAUCUCGCAGAAACUGGGCAACAAGACUGCUAGUGAGGUAUCCCACAGGUUCAGAGAACUGAUGAAGCUGUUUCAUACAUCCUGUGAUGGGAGCUCUGAAGAUGAGGAGGAUGCAACCAGUACCAGUAACACAGACCAGCUGUCAGAUAAAGAUCUUCUUCUUUCUGAGGAAGAACCUGAUGACUAA